UUUGUCGAGGGACCGUUUGAACCUUUCCUCUUUCUUGAGAAAUUUUGUAAAACCAAAUUUCACUUUUAAAAAAAAGACGAACAAAGAAAGGAAUAAUAGUAUUAAUUAAAUAAAAAAGAUUUUUUUAGCGCAACCAAACAGAUCUAAUUUCUCGCCUUCGCUCAUUUCGCAUUUUCGCCAACUGAACAUUCUGCCGGGACGAGGCCUCACGCGAUAACUAUCCGAAUGGCUCCGUUUCCGUCUGAGAACGGCGUCGAAGGAGACGACGAGAGAGAAGAGGAAGAUGAAGAGGAAGAAGAAGAUGAAGAAGAAGUGGAAGAUGAAGAAGACGAAGAGGAACCGAGGCUCAAGUACCAGAGAAUGGGAGGUAGCAUACCUUCGCUGCUAGCGAGUGACGCCGCGUCAUGUAUUGCCGUCGCCGAGCGGAUGAUCGCUCUCGGCACUCACGGCGGCACCGUUCACAUCCUCGAUUUUCUCGGUAAUCAGGUUAAGGAAUUCUCCGCACAUGCUUCUGUUGUCAACGACCUUAGCUUUGACACAGAAGGUGAAUAUAUUGGAAGCUGUUCUGAUGAUGGAUCAGUUGUGAUAAACAGCCUUUUCACUGAUGAGAAAUUAAAGUUUGAUUACCAUCGGCCGAUGAAGGCAGUUGCCUUGGAUCCAGAUUAUGCAAAGAAAAUGUCCAGGAGAUUUGUUGCUGGAGGUUUGGCUGGUCAUUUAUAUUUGAAUUCAAAGAAAUGGCUGGGCUACCGUGAUCAGGUUUUGCACUCUGGUGAAGGUUCAAUACAUGCUGUGAAAUGGAGAGCAAGUCUUGUUGCUUGGGCUAAUGAUGCAGGAGUGAAGGUUUAUGAUACUGCCAAUGACCAGCGUGUUACAUUUAUUGAAAAACCGCGAGGGAGCCCACGCCCUGAGCUUUUACUUCCUCACCUGGUCUGGCAGGAUGAUACCCUUUUGGUAAUUGGAUGGGGAACAUCUGUCAAAAUUGCUUCAAUAAGGACAAUAAGGGCAGCGAAUGGGUCGUUCAGGCAGGUUCCUCUGUCUGGUGUGGCCCAGGUGGAUAUUGUGGCAUCUUUCCAAACCAGCUAUUUCAUCUCAGGGCUUGCUCCCUUUGGUGAUGCUUUGGUUGUUCUUGCAUAUAUCCCUGGAGAAGAUGGAGAUAAGGAUUUUAGUAGCUCAGCUCCUUCACGGCAGGGCAAUGCUCAAAGACCAGAAGUAAGAAUAGUAACAUGGAAUAAUGAUGAGCUUUCAACAGAUGCUCUGCCAGUACAUGGGUUCGAGCAUUACAGAGCGAAAGACUACUCUCUUGCUCAUGCUCCCUUCUCAGGUAGCAGUUAUGCUGGCGGUCAGUGGGCUGCAGGUGAUGAACCACUUUACUAUAUUGUAUCUCUGAAGGAUGUAGUUAUUGCCAAGCCAAGGGAUACUGAAGAUCAUAUUGCGUGGCUUCUUCAGCAUGGGUGGCAUGAAAAAGCAUUGGCUGUGGUUGAAUCUGGUCAGGGACGAAGUGAACUACUUGAUGAGGUGGGAUCUAGGUACCUUGAUCAUCUGAUUGUGGAAAGAAAAUACAGUGAAGCAGCAUCUCUGUGUCCCAAGUUGCUUCGGGGAUCAGCUCCAGCUUGGGAGAGAUGGGUUUUCCAUUUUGCACAUCUUCGUCAACUACCUGUUUUAGUUCCUUACAUGCCUACAGAAAACCCCAGACUACGUGACACUGCUUAUGAGGUUGCUCUUGUUGCAUUGGCUACAAAUUCUUCUUUUCAUAAGGAUCUCUUGUCCACUGUAAAAUCCUGGCCUUCUGUAAUUUAUUCUGCAUUACCUGUAAUUUCAGCCAUUGAACCUCAGCUAAAUACUUCGUCCAUGACUGAUUCACUUAAGGAGGCACUGGCAGAGUUGUAUGUAAUCAAUGGGCAAUAUGAGAAGGCCUUCUUGUUGUAUGCUGAUCUUAUGAAACCAGAAGUAUUUGAUUUUAUUGAUAAACAUAACCUACAUGAUGCAAUUCGUGGAAAGAUUGUUCAAUUAAUGAUGCUAGAUUGCAAGCGUGCAGUUCCUUUGUUGAUCCAAAAUAGAGACUUAAUAAGUCCACCCGAAGUUGUGAAGCAACUUCUAAAUGCUGAUGAUAAGAGUGAUCGUAGAUAUUUUUUACAUCUAUAUCUUCAUUCAUUAUUUGAAGUAAAUCCUCAUGCUGGGAAAGAAUUCCAUGAUAUGCAGGUAGAACUCUACGCAGACUAUGAUCCAAAGAUGCUACUACCUUUUCUCCGUAGCAGUCAACACUACACCCUUGAGAAGGCUUAUGACAUUUGCAUUAAAAGGGACCUAUUGAGGGAGCAAGUCUUCAUUCUAGGAAGGAUGGGAAACUCAAAACAAGCCCUAGCUGUUAUUAUAAACCAUUUGGGGGAUAUAGAGGAGGCUGUAGAGUUUGUCACCAUGCAGCAUGAUGAUGAACUUUGGGAAGAAUUGAUCAAACAAUGCCUUCACAAACCUGAAAUGGUGGGCAUAUUGUUGGAGCACACGGUUGGAAAUCUGAAUCCCCUUUACAUUGUAAAUAAGGUUCCUAAUGGGUUGGAAAUACCUCGGCUCCGGGAUCGACUGGUUAAGAUUAUCACUGACUACAGGACUGAAACAUCACUCAGGCAUGGGUGCAAUGAUAUCCUUAAGGCGGACUGUGUCAAUCUUUUAAUCAAGUAUUACAACGAGGCAAGGCAUGGAGUUUCUUUAGGUAAUGAAGAAGAUGAGACACGAGUUAAAAUGAGUGACACUCGUGCUUCUCAGGUAUUUGAGAAAUCCCCGAGUCUGAGAACUAUGGAGAUGAAGUCAAAGACUAGGGGAGGUGGAAGAUGUUGUAUAUGUUUUGAUCCAUUUUCUAUACAGAAUGUAUCGGUCAUUGUUUUCUUUUGCUGUCAUGGUUAUCAUACAACUUGUCUCAUGGAUUCCUCUUACACUAGUAGUAACAAGAAAGAAACCACGUCCCUAGAGGCAGGAAUGUAUGAUGGUUACAAUGGUUAUGAGGACGAUGCUAGCGAUGACGUUGAAGAUGAAGAAACCAAGUCGGGUGGCCCACGAAUGCGCUGUAUAUUGUGUACUACUGCUUCUAGUUGAGUGUGUUCUUGAAUGUGUCCACAGUUUGUGUUUGCAUGGUUAAUCUUUUAGUUCGUAGUUCCAUGCACCGAGAGCAUUUGUGGUUUCAUUUGUUGUCAAUUUUUUUUUUAUCAAUAUAAUUAAUCAUGGGCUUCACUCCCCCAUUUUUUGCA